AUGGCUCUCCCAGCGUCCAACCUGGCCAUCGACGAGAUGGUGAAGGGGAACCAGCUGCCCAACCCCGCCGCCGCCGCCGCCUACGCAAACCCCCCGCCCUACUCGGUGCUCCAGCCCGCGUCCGCGUCCAGCGCCCACCACGACCGCCUCGCCUCCCUCAAGACGCCCCGCAUCCCCUACCAGCCCGCAGACCCGACCUCGCUCCUGCCCUCCGCCCCGCCGCAGAUCUACCUCAACCUGCUCAUCCUCGAGGCCUCGCUGCGCAGCCAGUACCUCACCCUCCGCGCGCGCCGGCGCCAGAACACGUUCGUGCUCACGCUGCUCGCAAUAUGGAUCGCCUUCUUCUUCUACCUGCUGUGGCUGCGGCCGCGCGAGGACGGCAAGGGCAUCGGCGGCUCCAAGUACUGGCUCGUCGACUCGUUCCAGAAACUGUGCUUCAUCACGGGGCUCGUCACCGCGCUGCUGUUCUGGGCGACCGGCCAGUGGGAGCGCGGCGUGCGCUGGCCGCGCCGCUGGGUCGGCGUUGCGAACCGCGGCCUGCGCGGCAUGAACGUGAAGAUUGUCGUGAUGCGGGGCAGCUGGGCGCAUGAGAUUGCGGGGUGGCUCGCGUUCAUGCUGCCGUUCAGUGGGGGGCUUUGGGGCGGCGAGACGGGCGGGAGCAGUUAUCACUUCGUGAACCUGAGCCACGAGAAGAAGAACGAUCUCGCCGAGGGGUUUCCCAGACACAGGAUCGUCGAGGACGGAAAGGAGUACGCCGAAGAGGACAUCGCGCCGGGCGGGGACCUCAUCAAGCUCAUCCUCCUGCCGAAGCCCUUCACGCCUGACUUCAGGGAGGGCUGGGAAAUCUAUCGCGCCGAAUACUGGGGCCGCGAGAACGAGCGCCGCAGCGAGCUGCGCCGCCGGAUCCGCGCCCGCCAGCGCGAAGUCGCCCGCGCCGAGGGCGGGUGGUUGUGGUGGACGGGCUGGCGCGGGUGGAAGCGUGCAAAGGCCGUCACCGGCCGCAGCAGCGACAUCCACCACCACCAGCACUCGCACUCG